AUGAAACGGUCACAAAGUGAAUUUUCACCAUAUCAUGAUCAUAUUUCAAAAAUUCAUUGUCAAUGGCCAUCAGUUGAUACAUUAUCUCUAAAAGAAAAUACAGAAAAUAGGCAAAAUUUAAAUACAUCAUUAAAUACAACAGUAUUCAAUGAUUCGGGUUAUUCUUCUUUUCUUGAUAUAUCACCACAAAUAUCACCAAUUAAUUAUAAAAAACAAGCUAUUAAAUAUUAUUCACCAUUAAAUACACCUAAAUUUAGUGGUUAUUCAAGUGAAAAUGAAUCAUCAAAUAAAAUAAAAGAAGAAACUAGUAAUAAAAAAAAAAUUGGAAGAAAAUUAUUUUCAAAUGAUAAUAAUUAUAAUUUGAAUAGAGAAAAUUAUUUAAAAAAAGAAGAUAAUUAUAAUUAUGAUAAAGAAAGGAUAACAAAUAAUUUGUAUAAUACAUCAUUUUUAUCAAAUCAACCAAAUACUCUCUUAUUUAGAGAAAGGCAAAAUGAUUGUUUACAAGAAAAUAAUUUAAGGAUAAAUAAUUAUUCUAAUGAUAUUUAUGAUAAUAAUAUAGGUGCUUUAUCACCAGAUACCUUUCUCCAAACUUUUGAUGAAGAACAAUGGUUUUUAAGAAAACUUGGUAUUAUUACUAAUGAUUCUGAUUAUCUAUUUGUUAAUGAAUCAAAAAUGAUUAAUGAUAGGAAUGAAAAAGAAACUUGUAUUUAUAAUAUUAUUGAUGAUAAUACUCCAUCACCAAUAAAAAGAUUUAUUGAGGAGGAGAAAAAAAUAAUGGAAAAAAGAAAUAAAAUGUAUAAAAAUGUUUCAUCAAUUGAAUAUGAUUCUAAGCAUUUAAUUAAUAUAAAUUGUUGUAAAAAUUAUCAUGAUGUCAAAUUAUUUCAAAAGAAAGCUUUUCAUUUGGCUUUUAGAGCGGAAAAUCCCGAUAAGACAUUAUAUAAUCAAAUAAAAUGUCGUAAAUUUAGUAUUUUAAGAGAAAAAGAUAGAUUAAGACAAAUAGAUACAGAAAAAAGAUAUUAUGAAAAUAAAAGUCGGGAAGAAGCUGACAAAGCAAAAGAAAUAUCUAAAGAAAUGACAGUUUUUCUUAAAAUGAUACGUACACGUGGAGGUAAAAAAAUAUUUUCAGAUAAUUUUAUUAAAUAUUGUUUUGCUAAAACACCACAAAAAGAUGAAAUACUUAGAAAAGCUGAUUUAUUUUUAGCUUUAUAUGGAGAUGGAUCAAAUAAUGAGAACGUUUCUUAUAGAAAUUUCGCAAAAUUUAAAUAA